GAUACGUUGAAUGAUUAACGAUAAUGGUUCGGAAAGUUUUGUUUAUAAACAGGUGAAACUAAUUUUUGUGCAAGAAAUUAGUUUUUAGAAUCUACUGGAUUUGUGUGAAAAAUGAAUAUUUGCCGGACCUGCAUGGCUAACGCUAAUGCUGAUUUGGUGCCAAUAUUUUCAAAGCUUGAAGGAGAAUUCAUAGCAAAUGUUAUUGUGGAUUGCAGUUCCAUCACGAUCUUUAUACUUACAGAUCGUCGAAGACGACGGAUUACCAACGUUUGUGUGUUCCGUUUGUUUGACCUACAUAAAACAAAUUCUUGCAUUCGCGAAGAGAGUACGUGAAUCUGAUCAGAAGUUACGACAGCUCUUCAAAUUGGAAGUAACUUUAACCGAUUUUGAAAAACGAGAGUCUCACGAUGGAAGUGAUAGGUGUGAUGUAGGUUGGAUUGAUGUGAUGGGUACGCAGAUCAAAACAGAAGAACCGUCUCAAUCAGAGCAUAAUCAUAGCGAUACGCGUGAUGUGGAGAGCGUGUUUGAAACAGAUGAUUUUCAUAAUGAAAAUGAUAGUGAUGAUUGGAUGGAUCAUGACGAAAAGGAUUCGGACGACGAAAUAUUAUCGAUGAAAGUUGAUAAAUACAAACGAAACAAAAGAGGACUCAAGCGAACCGCAAAGACUGAGUUCGUCAAAAUACAUUCCGAUGAAGAAGAUGAUGACGACGAUGAAAAUUUGAUCGACGAUGUUUUGGAUGAAAAAGAAAAGGAAAUGUUUGAGCUAGUUGUGAUAGACCCUGCUAGGCAUAUUUGUUGUCUAUGCAGUUACGACUUUGAAACUAGAGAUGAACUGGAAGCGCACGGAAAAGAAAUCCACGAGAAAAAAAAGAGAAAAAGUAAAUUAAACAAACCAUAUUUUUGUAACGUGUGUUACAAGCGAUAUUGUUCAGAGGAGGCGCUACAAGAUCAUCAUAUCGCGGCAGCAGGUUUGGCAUCGUUGAAAAUUUACCAGUGCAAGCAUUGCAUAGUACGAUUCCAUGCCCCCAAGAGACGGCGAAAUCACGCGCAUAAUCAUCCAAAAUCUACUUUGGUAGACGAGCAGCAUGAAGCAAAAAAUAAACGCCCAGCAAUUUGCUGUAGUAAAAACUGUUAUCUAGAAUGCGCAACAAUGGAUGAUCUCUAUGACCAUGGCGUAAGCGUACAUGGUUCUAAGAAACGUACUGUUAUUGAUCCUAUGUUACCGCAUGAGUGUCCGGUAUGUUUCAAAUGCUUUGAAACACAGAAAUCUUUAGCUAGACAUCGCAAUCGAACGCUCACCUCGGAUUUGCAUCAGUGUACCAUUUGCGGUAAGCAAUUGAAAUCACGGAACUCGCUUGUUAUUCACGAACGUAAACACCGUGAUGAGCGACCGUACUCGUGUGAGAUGUGUGCAAAAAGAUUCCCUACAAUGCAAGCCUUGAAGUGGCACCAUUUAGUGCACAAGGAGGACAAACCGUUCGCUUGUAACGUAUGCGGUUGGAGCUUCAAGCGGGAGUGUAAUCUGAAAAUACACAUGUUGACGCACUCCGACACCUUACCCUUCAAGUGUCAAGUGUGUCAGAAGUCUUUCAAGGGUAAAUAUCACCUGCAGUAUCAUAUGCGAAUACAUACUGGUCACAAGCCUUGGCCUUGUCGGUACUGUGACAAAUCGUUUGCGGAUCAUGCAAAUCGGGCUAGACAUGAGAUCUCUCACACAGGAAUAAAACCCUACAAAUGCUCUUAUUGUGAUAAAUCAUUCAUUCGCAGACGAUAUCAAAUUGAACACGAGAGCACGCAUACUGGAAUAAAACCGUACCGGUGCGAGAUGUGCAAUCGCACCUUUGGACAAAAAACAGCUUUGAAGCGACAUCUGGAUAUGCACCCUCUGGCAUCAGAGAAUCAGAAAUCUUUGAAACAGCCCUCUCCGAUGUCUGAAAAUUCUCCUCUUUCUUCGGAAGCUUCCGUAGCUCCAGCGACUAGUCAAGUCUCUUCACACAUUCCCAACACCUCAGUAAUGAUAUCGGUUCCCUGCUGUAACAGUGUUCAGCAAAUGUGAACAAACGUACUGAAUACUAAAAUAGAGUCAAAAGUUCUUCAUUGAGACUAAUAAGUUACUAAUGGAACACAAAAGAAAUUUAGGUGUGAUCGCUUCAAUUUUAUUAAAUGUCAUUCGUCCAAUAGAAAAAAAUAUAAAUAAAAACCAUUUUUUUACACCAUCGAUUUAACAGUAUGAGGUUCAAUUGGGUGAACAAGCAUCAGAACCUUGAUUACGUUGAGGCUGUGAUGACCGUUAGAUUCUGAUCAAUAAAACUAGCUUAAGACGGCUCUACAACUUGACAAGACUAAAACAAAUUGAAAGUUAAUCGGUGGUUUGAAUUA